ACACACACACAUACACACACACACAGAUACAGUUUUAUACAGAGGGCAGCAGAUCACAGACAACAGGUGGUGGACUGGACAACUAUUUGUCUAAUGUUUGUCUGUGUUUAUUUACUUUCAUUUAGUUCUUUGUUUUGACUUGUUUGCUUUUUCACAAUUACUGAGCUGCAAGAUGUCAGGACUGAACAAUGACCAGCUCCAUCGAUCCACUCUGGGAAUAUAUAUGACUCUAAUGGACCAGUUCAAUCCCAGUCUGCAGAGGCUGGUGGUACUCGGGAAUAACUACAUUCAGGCUUUCCAAGCUCUGGCUGCAACCAGCGAAGACUACUUUAGUGCUCUUGGUAAGAUGGGUGAACAGGCCAUGCAGACAAUGCCAUCCCGUUUACUAGGUGACAUACUGAUACAAAUUUCUGAAAAUCAGAGAAGACUUACCAGUGAACUUGCAGGAGUGUUUCAUUGGUUCCACAAUGAAGUACUUCAGGAAAUGGAGAACAACAGCAGGCUGGAUAAAGACUUCAUAUUUGACAGUAAAAGGCGCUAUGAGAUGGAGGUGAGGAACCAGGCGAUGGCCCUGGAGAGACAGCUGAGGAGAGGGGGAUCUCAGGAUGGUAAUGAGUAUGUGCAGUUCCUGAAGGAAAGCCACAGAGAUGCCCAGAGAGAACAGGAAAGAAGAUAUCGCUUUCUGGCUGAGAAACACUGUGGACUCACUCAAUCCAUUGUAUAUCUCAUGAACAAGACAGGGAACUCCCUACAGCAGAGAGCAGAGGGUUGGAAAGAGCAGGUGAAUCAGACACGGGGCUCUACAUCUCGUCCAGGCACCACAUCCAAACUGGAUUACAUGGACGUGGAAGAUCAAGGUCAAGGGUGGGCAGAACAGCCUCUAGGCAGAGUGCCCUCCAGAGGACCAUCCCCCCAACCGACUCGAUCCCGCUCCAGCUCAUUUGGAGAACUUCGUGGAUUAGGUGCUGGUAGGAUGAUGCGAGCAUUGGUGCCCCACCACCCAUCUUCUAAUUCUACCCUCUUGCCAUUCUCCAAAGGAGAAACCAUUACAGUACUCGUGAAAGAGCCUCGGAAUGGCUGGCUGUAUGGUUGUUCUGAGAGUACAACCCGACAAGGCUGGUUUCCAGCUGCAUAUGUUGGUACAUUGGAAGAAUCUCGACUGCCUGACUUCAGCAGCGGCUUUCUUAGAAGCAGCAGUAGCAUGAGCAACCUUCUUGACCAAUCAUAUAACAACCGAACGAAUGCACCUCCACCUCCUCCACCACCUCCUCCAAGUAAAUCGAACAGCUCACGCUCCAUUACUCCCACUUCUUCUGAAAACAAAAGACAUGACACCUAUGACCCUCGACCAGAACUUUUCCCAAGAGGUACAAACCCUUUUGCAACAGUGAAGCUGAAACCCACCACAACCAACGACAGAUCAGGUCCACGCAUAUUAUAAUGUAUUUGACCAGCGAGAUCUGAGAGGCAUGGAAACAGGGAGUCCAGCACAUCAUAAAUCUGUUUGCGGUCUGACCAGCUGUAUUCAACUGCCUAAAUUCAAUUCAGUUCAAUUCAAUUAAAAUUUAUUUGUACAGCACUUUUUAACAAUGGACAUUGUCUCAAAGCAGCUUUACAGAACAUAAGAAACAUACCAAAAGUUUAACAUUAUGCAAAAAUUAAUAUAACACAAAAAUUCAAGAUUAAUGUUAGACUUAUAUUUAAAUGUGUUCAAAUUAUCCCCAUUGAACAAGCCUGGGGUGACUGAGGUGACUGUGUCAAAUAAAAACUCCCUUAGAUGGAAAAGGAAGAAACCUUGAGAGGAACCAGACUUAAAAGGGAACUCAUCCUCAUUUGGGUGACACUAAAGGGUGUGAUAAUAAAUACACAGUCCAACAUUUGUGUAUUGAUGAGGAGGUUGUUGUUCUCAAAGACCACACCUAGUUGUCAUCUCCUCUUUGAAUGUCCGAAAACUUCAUAAAGCGGAACACAACUGGAACAUCUAUAGAUGCCUCAUUAUCCUCACAGGGUUGACCGCUUCUCAAUGAAGGUCUGAAAUCUUCAUGACACAGAACACAACUGGAGCUGGGACAAUCUCUGGAUUCCUCGGCAUGGGUAGAAAAAGAGAAGCAGUGCAGAGGAAUAAGCGUAGCUGCUGUUCAUAAUAUUAGCAAAUGCUAGAUGAUAAAAGUGCAUUUGAUCAGAUGUAUUAGAGCACAAGGUUAUGGGAAGUAUCAUGUGUACGCUUGACUAGAGAGAUAUGUCUGUAAUCUGCAGUUAAACAGGGAAAGUGUGUCUGAGCCACGAACACUGCCAAGAAAGCUAUUCCAAAGUUUAGGAGCUAAAUACAAAAAUGCUCUACCACUUUUAGUAGACUUUGAUAUUCUGGGAACUACCAGAAGUCCUGAGUUUUGUGAUCUCAGAGAGCGUGAAGGAUUGUAGCGUGUUAGAAGACUGGUUAGAUACAUGGGAGCUAAACCAUUUAGAGCCUUGUAUGUAAGUAGCAGCAGUUUGUAAUCAAUUCUAAAGCUUAACAGGUAGCCAGUGUAGAGAUGAUAAAAUUGAGGUUAUAUGAUAAUUUUUUUCUCGACCUUGUAAGAACUCUGGCAGCUGCAUUUUGAACUAUUUGUAGCCUAUUUAUUAAAGAUGCAGGACAACCUCAUAGUAAUGCAUUACAGUAGCAAUAAAGCCUGUCUCUGAAUACCUGUGUAAUUUUAUAAGCGAUCUAGUAGAAUGCUAUGAUCUGUAGUGUCAAAUGCAGCACUAAGAUCAAGUAGAACUGAUAGUGACAUGCAGUCUUGGUCAGAAGCUAAGAACAAGUCAUUUAUAACUUUAACAUGAGCAGUUUCUGUGCUGUGAUGGGGCCUGAAACCUGACUGAAAUUCUUCAAAGAUGUUGUUCUUCUGCAAGAAGCAGCAUAAUCGAAUAGACACAAUCUUUUCAAACAUUUACUUUGAUACGUUGAACAUGUAAUUUGAUAGUUUGUUAAGUUCUAAAUUAGGUUUCUUAAUGAGUGAAUUAAUAACUGCUAACUUAACAUGGCCUAAAAACCUAAAGCCUAAAGCCUUGGCUCGCAUUUCAGCUGGUCUAGAGAGGAGGAAAAUGACAGUAAAUAUUUUUGCUAUCUCAGUAUAUAAACUGCAAAUUUUUGCUGUACUUAGAAAGAAAGUAUGACAGAUUGACAUCUGAGAUUACAAUCUGAGAUGGGGUUCAAAAUUAUUUCACUGAUUUGAUUAUUGUCUUGAAUGUUUUCGUAAAACAUCACUGUUUUUUCCUGCUCUUAAUACUGAGUGUAUUUUAAGGGAUACAUCCAGGACAGAGCAAAAGAAUAUUUUUCCUGUAUAGUCUUUUAAUAUAAAUUACAUCCUUUGAGAUUAAUAGUGAUGUUAAGGGUUACAAUUUCUAUGGAAACAAUUAAUUUUUAUAUUGGAUUCAUUUGUAUAUUGGAUUGUUGGAUGACCUACAUAAUCGAAGACUAAUAAUAAAUAGAUUAAAAAUGUGUUGUUAUUUAAUAAAGACAAAAAAUGUUAACAUG